AUGACGAUGGAACGUGGUUCCUCUGUAUUUGACAAAAGUGUAUAUUUACAUGCUCUGGCCACCUCUGAUCUUGUAUUAUUGAACACAUCAAAAGUUAUUGAUGCACCCAUGCAAGAACUGUUGAAAUAUGCCAUGUUUGUAUAUUCAUCAUUUAGGAUUGUCCUCAUAUGGGAAACCGAAACUAACAUUCAUUUUGUGCGAGACAUGGCCACGGAAAACCAAGACGAAUUCAAUGCAGCAAAAGAAUCGAUCGAAAGAGCAAUGCUCGAAUAUUUCGUUGACGAUUCAGCAAAAAUCGGGUUCACUUGUGUAUUAGAACAACUGAUCUAUAUGACAUUAGCAUCGGCGCUACAUCGAAAUGAAGGCAACUGGAUGAUAAUACUAACUGAUCUGAGGAGGCAUAUACCUGACAAUAUUACUGAAUACUCACAAAAGGCACCUCCUAACCACAAAAAUUGGUCCAUGUGGAUAAACACAAUGAGUAGCGUAUGGACAUGCAUCCGGGGAAAUUUGAAUUUGUUGGAUGCUAGUUCGUUGACUGAAAUGGAAUUCAAAGAAUCCAUGGAUACAGCGCUAAAUGAAGUGAUUCGAUCCCCAGAUACUAUCACAAAAACGAAACAGUCAAUGUUGAGCCGUAUAGACGAAAUGUUACGGACAAGAACGCGUGGUAGUUCCAUCAGUUUUGAUCAAGUUAACCCACAAUUUAAAAGUAAAAUGGCGAAUAAUUUCAAACUCGGCGAAAGGAAGGUCGUUGAGAUGUUUGUGUUGCGUGUUGAUACUCUACAGCCCAAUUUAUUGAGCGUCUAUACACACUUCAAAGAUGAUGUCAUUCUCAAAGAAAUUACACAGCACAAGAAGAUACAUAUGAAAUUGUUAGUCUAUCGUUUCUAA